AUGGUUAGCUCUCUCGAAGUCACAGGACCUGAAUCCAAGCCCCCGGAACAGAAGUUCGAGUCCAACAUCGUCAUAGCCGAUGAAGAAGGCGAGGAGGAAAACGAUAGUCCAAUAGAAGAAGUCCGCUUAACCGUACCGAUAACCGACGAUCCAUCUCAGCCGGUCUUGACAUUCCGUACAUGGUUCCUAGGAAUAAUCUCGUGCAUGGUACUCGCGUUCGUUAACCAGUUUUUUGGUUACCGGUCGAACCAGCUCAUGGUAUCUUCGGUCGUGGCUCAGAUAGUCACUCUCCCACUAGGAAAGUUCAUGGCCACGACUCUACCGACGAGAAAAUUUCGGUUACCCGGUACAAAUUGGUCCGGUUCGUUGAAUCCUGGACCAUUCAACAUGAAGGAACAUGUGUUGAUCACUAUAUUCGCUAGCACCGGAGCUGGAGGAGUUUAUGCGACCGGCAUCAUCACCAUCGUCAAAGCAUUUUAUCACCGUAAUCUCAAUCCCACCGCCGCCAUGUUGCUUCUACAAACCACUCAGUUGUUGGGGUACGGAUGGGCUGGUAUGUUCAGGAAGUUCCUUGUGGACUCACCGUACAUGUGGUGGCCUUCAAACCUUGUUCAAGUCUCUCUCUUUAGAGCAUUGCAUGAGAAGGAGGAGAAGUGUGAAGGCAAACAAACAAGGCUUAGAUUCUUCCUAGUAGUCUUCUUCGUGAGCUUCGCUUACUACAUAGUCCCUGGCUACAUUUUCCCUUCCAUCUCAUCCGUCUCCUUUGUCUGCUGGAUAUGGACACGCUCUGUCACAGCUCAACAGAUCGGUUCAGGGCUUCACGGUCUCGGCAUCGGCUCGUUCGGUCUAGACUGGUCCACGGUCGCAGGCUUCUUAGGCAGUCCUUUAGCAGUGCCGUUCUUCGCUAUAGCAAAUUUCUUUGGCGGUUUCAUCGUCUACUUCUAUAUUAUCCUUCCUAUCUUCUACUGGAGCAACGCCUAUGAGGCGAAGAAGUUCCCUUUCUAUACCUCUCAGACAUUUGAUCAAACCGGUCAGCAUUUCAACAUCACUAGGAUCCUUAACCAGAAAACGUUUGAUAUCAAUCUUCCCGCUUACGAAAGCUAUAGCAAGCUUUACCUUAGCGUUAUGUUUGCUCUCAUCUAUGGACUCAGUUUUGGUACUCUUACCGCAACCAUUUCUCAUGUCGCUCUCUUCGAUGGAAAGUUUAUAUGGGGGAUGUGGAAGAAGGCGACAUCAACGACAAAGGACAAGUUUGGAGAUGUGCAUACAAGACUAAUGAAGAAGAACUAUAAAGAAAUACCUCAAUGGUGGUUUGUUUCGGUUCUCAUUGUUUCCUUUUGUCUAGCUCUUUACGCCUGUGAGGGAUUUAACAAACAGCUUCAGCUUCCAUGGUGGGGACUUCUCCUCGCUUGUGCCAUCUCCUUUGCAUUCACUUUACCUAUCGGAGUAAUCCUAGCCACCACAAACCAGCAGAUGGGUCUUAACGUUAUAACGGAACUCAUCAUUGGGUACUUGUACCCGGGGAAGCCACUUGCAAAUGUGGCUUUCAAGACUUACGGUUACAUGAGUAUGUCCCAGGCCUUGUACUUUGUUGGAGACUUCAAACUUGGUCACUACAUGAAGAUCCCUCCGAGAUCUAUGUUCCUUGUUCAGCUUGUUGCGACAAUGGUUUCUUCCACCGUCUGCUUUGGGACAACUUGGUGGCUGCUUUCUUCCAUAGAUAACAUUUGUAACAAAGAUAAGCUCCCAGUGGGUAGUCCAUGGACUUGCCCCGGGGACGAAGUGUUUUACAACGCGUCGAUCAUAUGGGGAAUCAUUGGACCUGGAAGGAUGUUCACUAGUAAAGGUGUAUACCCUGGGAUGAACUGGUUCUUCCUAAUCGGUUUGCUUGCUCCUGUACCGGUCUGGUUCUUUGCAAGGAAGUUCCCGGAGAAGAAGUGGAUAAAGAAGAUUCAUAUUCCUUUGAUCUUUUCAGCGACUACAGCGAUGCCAGUGGCCAAGGCUGUGCACUACUGGUCGUGGGGUUUUGUUGGGGUCGUGUUCAACUACUAUAUCUUCAGGAGGUACAAGGCGUGGUGGGCAAGGCAUAACUAUAUUCUUUCUGCAGCUCUCGAUGCAGGCACAGCGAUCAUGGGAGUGUUGAUCUACUUUGCGUUACAGAACAACAACAUAUAUUUUCCUAAUUGGUGGGGGAGUGAGAACACAGACCAUUGCCCCUUGGCUCAAUGCCCUACGGAGAAAGGGAUUGUCAUUAAGGGCUGUCCGGUGUUCUAAAAGAGUAUCUGCUCUGAAAGUUUCUUAGAGCUACAGGUGAGUGACGGUAGCUGCCAAAUGGUUUUUGGUGGUAAUAAUAUUGUUGUCUAAAGACAUUUGUGAGUUUAAGAAAGAACUCAAACAAUACGUAAACAAUUGUUUUAGAAUAUAUUUCUCAAUGAAUAAGCAAUUAAGGAUUUUU